CCGUUGAACAAAAGACACUGGCUCGGCCGCUCCCGAGGAUGUCUUGACGGUCUAUAGUCCUUGCUUUCUUUUACUCUUUACAUUCGUUUGUUGUGAUCAACGCAGAUUGUCUGCUUUCGGUGGUUUUUUUUUUUCUGUUGUUUAUUUUUUUUUCUCUUUUAGUUCGUGGCCAUUUGGUUGUUGCACUUGCACAAUCUUCUAUUCUCCAUCGGCGUGUUCCGAAGCCAUUCACUUCUUGUCUGUGACUUGUUUUUACGUAUUUCUUUUUCUACCUUGGUCGACCAACGAAACAAGCCCUUCGCUUCAAUAAAAAUCGAACCUGUAGAAAUUUCGCCAGUGGCAGCUUUUUUUUAACAACAAAACUUCGGCAUAUCAACUCUGGAGCCUCCCUGAAAGUCCUGGGUUACACCCAUAUUUUUUUCGGGGAUUUUCUUUUUGUUCUAAAAUAAAACACACGACUUGAUACGACAACAUGAUCGCACAAUCCCUUCUCCUUCUUGGUCUUUCGGCCCUCUGCCAGGCCAAAGUCCAGUUUCUGGGUGUUGGUAUCGCGGGUGGUGACUUUGGCUGCCAAAUCGAUGGCACCUGUCCCCUUGGUUCUACCCAGCUUCCCCUGGGGGGAAAUGGAGGAGGCGGCGAUGGGCCCGGUCAGAUGAACCACUGGGUAAAGGACCGUGGGUUGAAUAUGUUCCGGCUGCCAAUCUCGUGGCAAAGCCUGACGAACAACCAGCCCGGUGGACAGCUGGACGCGAGGAACUUUGGACGCUAUGAUCAGUUGGUGCAGACCUGCCUCAAGACGGGCGCGUAUUGUAUGAUCGACAUCCACAACUUUGCGAGGUGGGACGGCAAGAUCAUUGGGCAGGGCGGCCCCACAGACGAGCAGUUCGCCGGCCUGUGGACGCAGCUGGCCACCAAGUACGCGGCCAACGAAAAGGUCGUCUUUGAGCUCAUGAACGAGCCGCACGACCUCGACAUGGCGUUCUGGGCACAGACCUGCCAAAAGGUCGUCACCGCCAUCCGCAAUGCCGGCGCCACCAAGCAGAUGAUCCUCCUGCCGAGCAGCAACUUCAACAGCGCUGCGACCAUCGUCUCCAGCGGCGAUGCCGACCUGCUCAUGGCCAUCAAGAACCCCGACGGCACUACCGACGGGCUCCUGCUCGACAUCCACAAGUACCUGGACGUCGACAACUCGGGCACCCACCGCGAGUGCACCACCGACAACACCGCCGCCUUUCAGACCGUUGCCGACUACCUCAGGGGGAUCGGACGCCAGGGUCUCGUCUCGGAGACGGGAGCGUCCAUGGACGGCAGCUGCAUGACUGCCUUUUGCGCACAAAACGCGCUGAUAAAUGCCAACUCGGACGUCUUUGUCGGCUUGGUCGGCUGGGCGGCGGGCAGCUUUGCGACGUCUUACAUUCUCAGUCUGACGCCUACCAAGAACGGAAACACCUUUACCGACAACGCCCUCAUGAACCAGUGCUUGAUAGACACUUGGCUCAACUCCAAGGAUGUUACUCCUCAGCCCCAGCCGCAACCGCAGCCCCAGCAGCCCCAGCCGAGCCCACCUGCGCAGCAACCCCAACAACCCCAACAACCUCAGCAGCCCCAGCAGCCCCAGCCAAACCCCCCUGUGCAGUCUGCCUCGGCAUCCCGCAGCCUCAACGUGACCACGACGCCGGCUGGCCCCGGCAAGGUGCAGCAGCCGACCGCCGCCCCGAACGGCACGCGCCCCGUCAUCCGUCCACCUCCCCCCGUCUCCGAAUCUCCCUCCCAGAUCCUGCCCACGGGCAUCUACAACCCAAACAAGCAAAAGCCUUCCGACUCGCCCACGACCCUGCUCGUCGCCCAGGGCACGCCGACCAUGCCUGGCGUUCCGCCAUUUGCCGUCCCGACCACCGCUGGUGCUCGCCCGUCGUCGAGCGGUCCCGACAACUUCCCAGGACCGUCGACCCCUCUCCCCACUGCCGGGGCUGGCGCGACGAUGCCGUCUGCUUGGGGUCUCGCCGCGGCGCUGCUUGCGGGUGUUUACUUUGUGUUAUAG